AUGUUGGGGCGGCUAUUGAAAAGUAAGCCUCUUGUCACAGGUAUUUUGAGAGCAACCGAUUUCUGGAGGUGUCCAUGUACCAAGGAUGCUCAGAUAUUGUUACAGACAAGAAGAACGCUUUGUAACAAAGCGGAGGCCACAAAGAAGGUUAUUUCUCAAACAGCUAUUCCAGGCCGUGACACAUUCAGAAAUGACAGGAGACCUACAGCAUUUGAUAAAAAGAUAUUAUUAUGGGCGGGACGGUUUAAAAAAGAGGAGGAUAUUCCAGUUCUAGUAUCAUCUGAAGUCAUCAAAGCUGCUACGAACAGAGCGAGGAUCAAAAUUUGCUACAUCACAAUGGCCCUGACUCUGCUAGGCUGCUUGGUCAUGAUCAUCUCAGGCAAGCAAGCUGUGAGAAGAGAGGACACGCUGCUGAGGAUGAAUGCUGAAAAGAAGGCCAUGUGGCGGGCUGAAGCAGAGACAGAACUGGAGGCAGCUGCAAUGAAAACUCAGUGAUCAAGGCGGGAUUGAUUUUAGCAGCCAGCGACAAGUGAUUUAUAGAUGUGGCACACGCACCUCCGUUCCGCUAACUCUUUGGAGCUUCUUGUCACGGCAAAGAUUUCCGACAGAAAACUGGUUACUCAUGAAAUUUGAAACCCUAGUGGAAAUGCCAGCAGACUUGGUUAGAAGCCUUCUGCUGAUCUCUGAGCUUUUGUAUAGGCCUCAGUUGGCGAGUCAGAAUCAGUAUAUCGGCUUUUUUCCAAACCGACAUUGGCCAGCUUGGAAUCAGCUGAAAAAAAGGACAAGGGUGGUUCAGAGGGUUGGGUGCUAGCCUGGGACUCUUGAGAUCCAGCUUCAGUUCCUUGCUUUACCACUGCCUCCUUGCGUGACUUUGAUCAGUCACUUACUCUUUAUGCCUUAGUUCCCUAUCUAUAAAAUGGAGGUAAUAGCAUUUGACUACCUCACAGGGAUGUUGUGAGGGCAAACACAAUAAAGAUUGUGAGGUGCUCAAAUACUGUGGCUAGCGCGAGGCCAGAAGCAGUUUUCUCACCCUGUGGGAAUUGUUGAGGUUUCAAAAAAUUUUCCCAUCCCAGAUCAGGAUGAAAAGUUGAAAUCUCAAAAAUUUUUGCAAACAAAAACAAACAAAACCCACAAUAUUUGGGGGGCAAUCUAGGUAUUUUUUAUUUCAAUUUUGCCUUUCCCCCCCUUUUUUAUAAACCUUUUUUUAGUCUAAAUUUACUAAAAUUUUGAAAUGAAAAGUCACUGUGACUCAAAACCCCCAAUACUUUCUGGAUAGAAGAUGCUGAAAUGGGACAUUCUGACAAUUUCAACUCUUCCUUCCAAAAAGUUUUUGAGUUGGGAGAUUCGUCAAAAUCAACUGUGUUUUAGCACAAAAAUGGUUCAGUGAAAAAUUCCUCACCAGGUCUAACUGCACUAGUGGGAGCCAUAUACAUUUCUUAGAUAGAAAACUUCCUGGCAUUUCUGCUGAAGGAUACCACCAUUCUAAAUACAGAGCCAGGCACUCAGUCUUUGGAGGGACAAAAGCAGUAUCACUAAAUCAGAGCAAUCCAAACGAACCAUAUUCUAGCAGCUUGCUUUAAAGGGGUGGUGGAAAGCUUGGUAAAAGUGACCUUCCAGAGCCUAUCUGCUGGGGGGAAUAAUGGCUGAGCUGAAUUUUAAAAAUCACUUAUGCACAAAUCUAGUCUUCACCCCCACCCCUAAAAAACCCCUAAGUCUCCUCUCUGUGGGCAUGCUUAGCUUUGAUUGGCAGUAGAAUGUGUGUACUUCCUUAGCAGCGGGGUGGGGAGCAGGCAAAUUGUGGAUCAGCCAAGCAGGGAGGUGUUCACGCUCCCUGUGGACCUAUUUUCACGAGGGAGAAUGUGGUGUAGCAUCAAGCUGGUUUGGGUUGGUCCACGGGAGCAGCUGGGCCACAGCCAGUGGGUGUAAUAUCAGGGAAAUAUCAGCUCAAAGGUGCUGGGGCCAGAGAAGAUGCAUCUGCAAUCAAGCAGUUCUGCUGCUGACCUUGGUGGCUGGGUCCCUGGGCAAUGGUCUUUAUCUCAGGAUACCUGCCCUUAUGUAGAGACGCACUGUCAUGGCAAAGCGUUUUGCCUUGUUGCGUUGCCCUGUGGUUUUCUUUUUAAUUCAGGUCAUUGCCUCACAUGAAAGCGCCUA